GUUUUUUUCUUUUUCCAGAUCUACUUUUUCUUUCUUCCUGAAAUUUCAGUGACCACCACCGGAGACCACCACCAUCGACGACGCCACGAAAACUACUAGUCAAGCUUUGAUCUAAUCACCUGAUUCUUGACCGAUUUGAUCGGUUUUGAACACCGCUGGCAGAAUCCGAGAUAUCGGCGCCGAUAUAUUUACAACCUUGUUAAUAAGUUGGCAGAAGUAUAUCCUGCAAGAAGUGUGGUGGCGAUUGAUGGAAAGAAGACAACAAGUAGUGUUUUGGAAGUUUGAUUAAUUGUGAGUUUAGCUGGUCGGAAAAGUUCAUCUAUCAAGAAGAUGCCUGUUUCUGAAUCUGAAAAGUUGGGAGGAGUAUCUGUUGUUGGCGUGGGGGGUGAAAAGGGUGAACAACAACACAUAAUACCGAUCAAGAAAAGGAGAAUAUUUUUAUCUCCCCCUAGCCCCACAAACAAUUUGUCAUUUUUGGGGGCUGCAGAAACACACAGCCCUAAAGCAGCUCAUGGGGAGCUGCUUCUGUUAAAUCCAAAUUGUCUGCCUAGUAUUAGUGGAAAUAAUAAUGAUGACGAUGAAAAGAAGGUGGAUGUAAAAACAGAUGAUGACUACUGUGAACAAGGGUCAUCAUCAUCUGUUGUGACCACUAAGACUGAUGAAAUUUUUAAAAAGCUGGAUGUUACUACUAGUACUGUAUCUGAACAAGUAGUUACGCGUAUUAGUGGAAAUGAUGAAAAGAAGGUGGAUGUUACUACUAGUACUGUAUCUGAAGAAGCAGUUACUCGUAUUAGUGGAAAUGAUGAAAAGAAGCAGGAUGUAAAGACGGACGAUGAUGACUACUGUGAAAAAGGGUCAUCAUCAUCAUCAUCCGUUGUGACCAAGACUGAUGAAAUUUCUUAUGUUAAUGAGUUGAAAAUCAUAAAAGAAGAACAAGAACAAGAACCACCUGAUUCCACAACUCCAUCCAAAGUAGUACUAGUAGCCCCCCCUUGUUUGGAAUUACUACAACUAGCAUCGUUUACUAGUAGCGACACAAACAACUCCCCCCCUCCUGUGCGAUUCACCUGGGACUUGAAUACUGUUAUGCUGGAUGCUGCAUCCGAGGAACAACCACCUUCUGUUAAAAAUGACAAUCGGACGACACUCUUUGUGGAACAAGAGAAAAAGAAUAAUAAUGAUUAUACGUCUGCAUCACAAAACAUCCUGAAAAGCCACUUGGCUCAUGAGACAUUCUCUGUGGCUGUGAAAACCGAGUCCAGUGAUGCAAUAAUUCCUGUUACUAUAACAAACCUAACUGUGCCUGUGAAAACCGAGUCCAGUGAUGCAAUUCCUGUUACUGACACGGUCAUGCCUAAACAUGAUUUAUCUUCAGAAAAUGGACCGCUUUGGAGGAGGAAAAUGGAGUUAACUACCAAUGUGGUCAUCAAGGAAGAAGCUGUGGAUCAUAUUACAGUUGGUUAUGCUAAUUUGCAGAAUGAUAAAAGAGCUGGAUAUGGGGUUGAUGAUAAACAGGACAAGCAUGAUCCUCAAUAUGAAGAUGGACAACUAAGAGAAUCAAGUACACAUGCUUGGAAAGAAUGCGAGUUGAAAAAUAAUGAACAAUACGAAUACGACAUGGAAAACACAAGACCAGAUGUGAGUGUUGUUGUUGAUCAUGCCCUCCGUGAAACUAGUUCUCAAAAUGGACAAGGAGGAGGAGGUUCCUCAAAAGUCACUGAAGCUGGAUUUGGAGGAGAUCUAACAUCUAGUUUGGUGUUGCCACAGAAACUUAACAACAGUGAUGAGAUAUUAUCUGGUUUUUUGGUACCAAAUGAAAACCGUGAAACCCAGGUGCAGAAUGCAAACCGCUCAGAGUGGAAGAUAAAUGUUUCAUCAGGAUGCGAUAUUUUACCUGAAAAUCAACCAAUUUCUUCAAAUAUAUCCACCAAAACCAAAAACUUCACUGGUCGAAAGUUCUUCUAUGGUGAACCAAAAGACAGAUUUGAAACCGAGGAUGUUGAGAUGACAGCUCAAGGCUCAAGAUUCUAUCGAAAAGAAUCACUAACGCGUAUUGCAGGUCCAUCAACUCGUGAUGAGUAUGUUAGCAGGGAUAGAUUCUGGAUGCAAGGAUGCAGUUCCAAGGCUGACGAUGGUUUUACUUCAAGACCAGAGAGGGAAUUGGAUGGAUUUAGAUCUUUUAGACGGGGUAGAUACUCGCCUCAUCAUCUUUCUAGUGGCCGGGGAGUUGGUAUGUGGAAUCGUUCCCCAGAAAGGGGCAGGAAUCCUAAGCGUCUUCUUUCGCCAUCUUACCAGGGUCCAUCUUUCGCUCGUCCUAUGCUAGACGAUUCUGGAACCGUGGAUAAUAUGACAAAUGAAGGUGGUAUGGAUUCAAGUCGCCAUGCCAGAUCUAAUACUUCAUCAUAUGUUACCCGUCGACCUUUUAGAAGCAGGUCGCCAUUGAAUCGGGAAGCACAAGAUUUUCGUGCACGGUUAGGUUUGAGACCAUCUGGAGACAUGGGCCAUGAUAGGUUUGUGAAUCUGGGUCGGGGCAGGGGACAGGGGAGAUCUGUGAGAUAUGGUACAACGCUUGAUGACGAUGGACCGCGGGGACGAUAUCAUGGACCUGCAAACGACGAAUGUGAUGAAUAUCUGACAGAAUAUCCACGUCCCUUCCCAAGGAGACGCCGCUGCUUUUCACCUAUAGAAAGAAGAGGAAAUACUAGUACUUAUCAACAUCACCAAUCCAAUUCACGAUCGCCUUCAAGACCUCGAACUCGUUCUCCAAUUGGUAAUACUGGUUUUAGACGCCGCAGUAGAUCUCCUGAUUUCAGACAUGAUACUAGAAUCUGGCGGCCCAAAUCUCCCAAUUGUCGAGAUCAUGCAAAUGAAUGUAAUUCAGGACCUCGAAACAAUAAUUCAUCUCCAAUGAGUUCCAGAUGGGUAAAUUACAAGGAGCGGCCUGUUUUUGACAGAAGAUCACCUCCACCUGGGAGGACUAAUGCACCACAGGGGGAAAGGUUUAGUAUUUAUGAUUCAAGAAAGAAGCAGAAUGAGUACUACAGAUCUGGACCUCCAGGACAUUUCUCUGACCUAAAAGAAUCUGGGAGAGGCCGGCCCAGGUAUGUGGAAAAUGACAGUGAUCGACCCGAUAAUGGCUACAGACGUGGCAGGUUUGUUAGGCAGUACAACAUGGACACGCCUACAAAGCGCUUCCACUUUGAUGAAGACGAGCUUGGCUGUGGGUUUGAUGCUAGUGACCAACAUGCUUUGGAACUCCUUGCACGAGAAAAUCUGAACUCUAAUAUGUUAGGUAAGCAUAUUUUUUGAGUGUUUUUCCAUAUCCAUAUAUGUAUAACUGUCUUCAAAGACAUAAAUUUCUAGCUUAAAUUAUGCAAAGGGAAUUGCUAAAAA